AUGGCUUCAUCAAAUCCAACUAAUCUUACCGACAUGUGGGAACUUUCUCUAUACGAAUUGCAUAGAUCUCCUCGAGAACCCAUUACAGACAACACCGAAAUCGCAGUAUCGCCACAAAGUAUAAAAAAUGAAUUUAUGUGUCCAAUAUGUUUGGACGUUUUGAAAAAAACAAUGACUGCUAAAGAAUGUCUUCAUAGAUUCUGUUCUGACUGUAUUGUGACAGCUCUUCGUUCAGGUAAUAAAGAAUGUCCCACUUGUCGUAAGAAACUAGUAUCUAAACGGUCCUUACGCUCUGAUAAAAAUUUUGAUCUCCUCAUAUCAAAGUUAUAUCCUAAACGUGAUGAAUGCGAAGUACAUCAAACUGGAACAUUAGACAAGUUAAAUAAAAGUCACAAUCAGACCAAUUUAAUUCAGUCAAUAAACGAAGGUAUGAAAUUUCAAACUCAAAAUCGACGACAACGAACCAAAAAGAACCAACGUAAAGAACUAAAUGAAAGUAGCUCAUCAACUACUUCAAAAAUUUCAAAUAGUUCAAGUCAAGACAAUGUAACAAGAACAAUGGUACAAACACAAGUGGCAAAAAAUAUGAAAUCUAUUAUGAUCUCAGAAAAAGAAGGACCAGCUUCAACUGUUGACAUCUUAGAUACAGCAGAAUGUAAAGGCGCAUCUGAAGAUGUACCACUAGAUGAAAUAGAACUAGUGUUAAGACUUCAUCCUGCAGUAAUGGCCCAUGAUAAUCCAUUUAUCAGAGUUCUGAAAGAAAACUCUGUACGUUAUAUGAAAACAACAGCAAACGCAACAGUUGAUCAUUUGAGUAAGUACUUAGCUAUGCGGUUGAUGAUAGAAUUUGGCUCGGAGCUUCCAGAACAAGCUUUCAAUUUUUUGAUCUAUAUCGCACCUACUGAAGAUAAGUUUGUUCCUCUCAAAGGCAAUUAUACACUUCAAAAAAUACAGGAUGAGUUUUGGAAAAUAAAUAAGCCGUUAGAAAUGAUCUACUCUUUUACAUAA